AUGGGCCGAAGGGCCCCGGCCAUCGGUAUCGAUCUGGGCACGACCUACUCCUGUGUGGGGGUCUUCCAGCAUGGCAAAUUGGAGAUCAUCGCCAACGACCAGGGCAACCGCACCACCCCCAGCUAUGUGGCCUUCAACGACAUCGAGAGGCUCAUCGGCGAUGCGGCCAAGAACCAAGUGGCAAUGAACCCCGCCAACACCAUCUUUGAUGCCAAGCGGCUCAUCGGGAGGAGGUUUGAUGACCCGAUGGUGCAGGCUGACAUGAAGCACUGGCCCUUCCAGGUGGUGAGUGACGGAGGGAAGCUCAAGGUGAAGGUGGAGUACAAGGGGGAGAACAAGACCUUUUACCCAGAGGAAAUCUCCUCCAUGGUGCUGACCAAGAUGAAGGAGAUUGCUGAGGCUUACCUCGGCUACAAUGUCACCAACGCUGUCAUUACCGUUCCUGCCUACUUCAAUGACUCCCAGCGCCAGGCAACCAAAGAUGCUGGUGUGAUAGCGGGUCUCAAUGUCCUGCGUGUCAUCAAUGAACCGACAGCAGCUGCCAUUGCCUAUGGCCUGGACAAGAAAGGCAAAGGGGAGUGUAAUGUUCUCAUCUUUGACCUGGGUGGUGGCACCUUCGACGUCUCCAUUCUCUCCAUUGAUGACGGUAUCUUUGAAGUGCAAUCGACAGCCGGUGAUACCCACCUGGGAGGAGAGGACUUUGACAACCGCAUGGUCAAUCACUUCAUUGAGGAGUUCAAGCAGAAAUACAAGAAGGACAUCAGCCAGAACAAGAGAGCGGUGAGGAGGCUGCGGACGGCCUGCGAGAGAGCAAAGAGAACCCUGUCUUCCAGCACCCGAGCCAGUAUUGAGGUUGAUGCUCUAUUUGAGGGCAUUGACUUCUACACCUCAAUCACCAGGGCUCGGUUUGAGGAGCUGAACUCUGACCUGUUCAGGGGCACUCUGGAGACAGUGGAGAAAGCCCUGAGAGAUGCCAAGCUGGACAAACCUGAGAUCCAUGAAAUUGUCCUGGUUGGAGGCUCCACUCGAAUCCCUAAGAUCCAGAUGCUAUUGCAAGAUUUCUUCAACGGUAGGGAGCUGAACAGGAGCAUCAACCCCGAUGAGGCCGUGGCCUAUGGGGCAGCUGUCCAGGCGGCCAUUCUGAUGGGGGACAAGUCAGAGAAUGUUCAAGGUCUGCUUCUCCUGGAUGUCACUCCGUUAUCACUGGGAAUUGAAAUAGCAGGCGGUGUCAUGUUCACUCUCAUCAAGCGUAAUACAGCCAUUCCUGCCAAGCAGACGAGGAUGUUCACCACUAACUCUGAUGAUCAAACUGGAGUUUUGAUCCAGGUGUAUGAAGGUGAGGGAGCCAUGACCAAGGACAACAACCGUUUGGGCAAAUUUGAUCUCCGUUCCAUCACUCCUGCUCCUCGCGGCGUGCCGCAGAUAGAAGUCACCUUCGAUAUCGAUGCCAAUGGCAUCCUGAAUGUGUCGGCCGUGGACCUGAUCACCGGCACACAGAACAGGAUCACCAUCACCAAUGACAAGGGCAGGCUGAGUAAGGAAGAGAUUGACAGAAUGGUGCAAGAUGCUGAGAGGUACAAGGCGCAGGAUGAGCAGCUGAACGGCAAGAUCUCGGCCAAGAACUCCCUGGAGUCUUAUGCCUUCAGCACGAAGAGCUCAUUGGAGGAAGAGAAGAUCAAGAAAAAGGUCAGUGAGGAGGACAAGAAGAAGGUGAUAGAAGCCUGCAAUCAAGCGAUUUCGUGGCUGGAGGUGAACCAGGAGGCAGAAAAGGAAGAGUUUGAAAGACAGUUAAAAGGUCUGGAGAAAGUCUGUAAUCCCAUCAUCCUUGGGCUAUACCAGGGAGACAUAGCACCUGGCUUUGAGACGCAAGCCGCUAAAGGGGAUUCAUUCAGUGGUCCAACAAUAGAUGAGGUUGAUUGA